AGCUACAGUUGUUUGGUUGUUGGCUUUGACUUUUGAAAUUGAAAUGGUUUAAUGUUGAGAUCUCCAAACUCCAGAGAGAAGGUAGGUGAGGUCUGGAAAUGGCUUCUGUUGAGAAGGGGAAGGGAAGGGUUUGUGUGACAGGCGCUGCAGGGUUCGUCGCCUCGUGGCUUGUCAAACUCCUCCUCUCUAAAGGCUACGUUGUCCAUGGAACUGCUAGAGUUAGACAACCCGAGGAUGAAGAGAAGUAUGGUCACUUGACAAAACUUGAAAAAGCAUCCGAUAAUCUGAAACUGUUCAAAGCAGAUUUAUUGGACUAUGACUCCAUGUUUUCAGCAAUAAAAGGAUGCCAUGGAGUUUUCCAUGUUGCUACUGCAAUGCCCUCCACAGCCAUUUCAAAUCCGGAGAUAGAGUUGGUGGAACCUGCGGUGAAGGGCACGCUUAAUGUGGUUAAAGCGUGCGUUGAAGCAAAGGUGAAGAGACUAGUUUUGGUGUCAUCUAUAGUUGCUGUGGGUAGAAAUCCUAAUUGGCCCAAGGGUCAAGUUAUGGAUGAAACAUGCUGGUCUGAUAAGGAACAUUGCAAAAGUAUAAAGGAUUGGUAUGCUGUAUCGAAGACGCAAGCUGAAAGCGAGGCUACGGAGUAUGCAAAAAGAAGCGGGUUGGAGUUGAUAACUGUUUGUCCGGGUCUUAUUUUGGGGCCGAUUCUACAGUCCUAUGCAAAUGCAAGCACUUUGGUUCUGCUUAAACAUUUCAAAGGAGGAAGUGACUGCGUAGAAAACACAAAGUGGAUGAUGGUAGACGUACGGGAUGUAGCAGAAGCACUGCUUCUGGGAUAUGAAAAGGCUGAGGCUCAAGGAAGAUAUAUAUGCACGGCUCAUGAUAUCAACACACAUGAUCUAGUGGAUAAGCUGAGGAGUAUAUACCCUCAUAACGACUAUCCCAACAAGUUUGUUGAUGUGGAGGAAGAAAUAAAUCUUAGUUCCGGAAAGUUGCAGAGGUUGGGUUGGAGGUACAGGUCAUUGGAUGAAACUCUUGUUGAUUCUCUGAAAAGCUAUCAGCAUGCUGGACUUUUGGAUUAAGAUAAAGGGGAGGACUGCUUUAGCAUUAUUAUUAAACUGUUUACUUUUCCAUUUUUAAAUGACUGGUAAUAGUCGAGGACAUCUAGAACUAGUACUGUACUGCUGUGUUGUUGAUAUGUUUUUGUUUGGUCAGUGGAUCCUAUAUGUAAUAGUUAUACAUAACGAGCUAGUUGCUUGUAAUUAUAAAAUAUAUCAAUAUAAGUAAUUGUAACGCUGGUUGUUUGAUUAA